CAGCAGAGGUGUUGAGCGCGGACCGUGGAUGAGUUGCAGCGGCACAGACCGCGAGCUGCGGACCGCAGACCCCGGAACUCCCGCGGAGAAGCUGCUGCGUCUGAAACGCUCGCUCACAUUUAUGCGGAGUAAAAGUGUGGAGAACUUCUUCCAGCGUUCUCAGAGCGAUGCUUACCCACCAACAGAGCUCUUCUCUGGUGCCCUGCCUUCUUCCCCGCGCCUGUUUACUGGGCCUGCACCUGGUAACAGCAGUGUUGUUUUGCCCUCCCCAAGCAUCAGCUCUAGACCUGCUCCAUUUGUUGUGCAGCCGCGACCAGCACAAACACACUCCUUCCUCGAGCAUGUGUUCCGUCGACCCACCAGCUGCAGUCUGUGCAAGCUCAUUAUUGCAGGCAACUCUAAACAGGGACUGCGCUGUAGAACAUGUAAGAUGGGAGCUCAUCUUUGGUGUGUCUCUGAAUUCACAGAGAAACCAUGCCAAGGAAAGUCUGGCAUGUUCAAGAGGAACUUAAGCACACCUGUACUGACCAAUGGUCAGUUAUAUGCUGUGAAGACACAGGAGUCAAAAGCUCAGCUGGACCCUGUGUAUGCUACACUCCGCAUUGGAACUUCUCUGGCCAACACCAGCCGAUCUAGCUUUGGGAGCUUCUGUGAAUCUCCGAGCCAAAGCCUGGAUGAAGAGGAUGGUCAGCAGAAGGAUGAGUAUGUGUCCACUGAGGGGGAGAAACUGACUGAAAACCAGAGGACGGGUUUAGGGGUAGUUUCAAGGACCAGAGAGCUGAGGACCAAGGUGGAGCUAGGGGUUGAGAAGACUGAGGCAGAGCUGGUGGGAGCAAGGACAGUGAAGCUGUUGGAGGGAUGCAGGAAUCCGGUUGAGCCACAGGAUUUGAGGACCCAGGCGUACCUGCAGGUCUGGAGGUCUGAGGUGGAGCCUGGAGGAUGA